UCAUCACUUGUGUUAUCACUGAUUGUUAAAAUUACAAUCGAAAAGUUUAUAAUCCAGUUGUUUUUAAUAAUAAUAAGCAAAAAUGGGAUCUUCAGUGCAUAAAUUAAUUGUUACCGUAGGAUUUCUAUCCCUAUUCCACUCAGCAUUUUCAGCAGCACAGCAUCGUUCGUACCUUAGAAUAACGUCACAGGAAUUCACCACGUUACCUUUGGAUAUCGUAGUACAAGCAGUGGUUAGUUUAUUUGCUGUAAUGUGGGGAGUCCUCAAUGUUGCUGGUAAUCUACGAGAGAUACCAGCUGCUGCUGAACUGAAUACAGUAAAAUGGGAGACACAGAGAAACCUCCCAUCAUUCUACACCUUCAACCACAGAGGAAAGGCUUUAGCUGACAAUUAUAUUCCCAGUGGUAGCAAAUGUGAACUAGAAAAUGUUGAAUAGUGUAUUACUAGAGCUAGUAUAAUUAUUUAUUUGUUAAGACAAGUUAUCAUUAUGUUAUUUGAUGAAGUUUAUUUAUUUUGUAUUGGACAUUCUGACUCAUCAUAGUGUCAUAUUCUCAGUUGUAUGCAGACACUGGUUGUUGAUGAUAAUACUAUAGACCCGUAUCGAAGCAGAUUAAUUUGAUAGCAGUGGCAUAACUACAGAGUGGCAAGUCGGUAAAAUGCCACAGGCCCCCAACUAGAAGGGGUCCCUAGUCAGUUUUU